AUGGAGGAUGUGUCGAAUGUGUUGAAGUUCUUCUAUCGUUCCGUGGCACUGGUACGACUCUAUGGCCUGCGAGGACUCCUCUACUACUGCUUCGGCAGCCAGGUGACGUGGCGCAUCCAGGCCAAGGUUCUCGGGACUCUACAAUAUGACGACGCGAGCCCACUUCAAAAGGCGGCUAUUGUAGCGCAAAUAGUCAUCACCGGACCCAGGUUCGCCGAGCUUAGCAGUACACACUGGGUCGCGCGGGCUUUGUCCCUCUUCAGCGUCCUGGCCUCUCUCAUGGCUGUGUACUACGCCACCACCCAAAGCCGCAUCAUGGGUCGCCUGCACCAGCCGACGCAGGUUUGUGGCUGGAUUCUCGGUCGUAUGCCCCUUGACGGCGAGCUUCUCGGCACGCGAAGGCAGGGCGAUCCGCAGCACCACGAUUUGAUGCGUCAGAGGACCUGUAACAGUGUGCGUGAGCUGACGCAAAAAUACUUCUGCCCGAGCAUCACCUUCGUCUUAACUGUGCCCGCGCCGCAGAUGUUCUUGUCUUCGUCGCUCCUGUCACUACUCCUUGUUGUGGGCGUGUAUUUCGGCUUCGUGUGGACACGCGCGGUGGACAAUGACGCCGGGUAUGGCGACAGUCGAAACAUCCUGAUUGUGUACCUGGUGUCGGUCAUGGCGUGCUUCAGGGUGUACUCGGUAUCGCAGCUUUUGCAGGAUGACGAAUGGCCAUUUGGAAUAAGGAAUUGCGCUGAUCUAUGCAGAAGCAUUCUUGCGGCGUCCUCAUAA